AUGGAAAACUUGACUUUUGACUGGCUCGAUGAGGACUGUGCUAUCAGCUAUGAGACCCCCGAAUUUCCGACAUCCGACAGUCCCAGAGAUGGACCGGCCGCUGAACCCAGCUUGACCCCCGAACGAGCCGGCUCCGUUCCCGAACAGACCGGUCAGCCAAGUGGUGAUCGUGCGCUACCUCUCCGACUGAGUAACUGGAGCAGCACCAAACAGUACGACAAAAACAACCCCGAGUGCAUUCACUACGAUUUUCGGUGGAAGGUCUCCCAACGUGAGAAGAUCCGAGCAAGGCAAGUUUGUUCAGACACAGACCUCGAUCUAGUCCUGGCUCCAAGCGAUUUCUGGACGAUCGACUUUGAGCCACGGCUUGCAAUGCUGUUAAAAGAUGAGAAUAAGUUCCCAGGAGAUACGUAUACGUGUGAAGAAACGAUUGUCGACAUAUCCAUCGAGCGAAGCCGUCAGCGCGGCCUGAAGAAACGAUUCACGGGCCUUGAGAUCGAUUGGGAUACGCUCGACAGCCAUGUGGAAGGCCUUGGCGUCUUGUUCAGCAAGAGGAGGAAGAUUACAUUUGGCAUUGAGUUUGUUCACAAAGACGCCACGAGCGACCCUACGGCGACCAAGGGCAAGAAGAAAGGGCAGAGCGCUUCUGAGGCUCAAAAGCUACAGAGAGCUGCCGAUGCCGGUCUUUGGACCCGAGUGUACAAGCAUCAUCGCUGCCGAGGCAAAUACUGCAAGCAGGGACCGCACUGCUGGCUUGACGAACGAGGAAACCACCAUAGGUUGCUGCCGAGGCACUUGGAAGAGAUUUUCCACCAUAUCAAAGGGAAUAUGAAGGAAGGGGAGAAAGAGGAGGAGGUUGACAUCGACAUCGAGAUCCCAUCCAAAAUCCUUGGGGAUAUACUGAACGAUAGCCGCAAGCGGAAGGCUGAGGACUCCGUUGACUGUCGUGGCUGUAAAGUCCAAGCGUCUUCUAACGGCCGGCUUCGCGAUACGGGCGAGACGAGCUUCGUUGAAGACUCUGGGGAGGUUGAGGGUGACAGGAUGGACAGACUCGAGGAGUACUGCAACUAG